AUGUGCUUCAAAACACUUCUAAGUAUUUUGAUUGCUACCAUCCUUACUACGGUAUUCCUUAUUGCUUCUUCGACGGGUAUAUCAUUGAAUUCAGUAAAAUUGAUAGGAAUUGCUUGGUCGUCGAACUCAUCAUCGAUUGGAUUACACGCGUCUAGACAAGGAGUACGUAUUGACUCUGAAUCAAUUUUAGAUCCGUUUCCACUUACAAAUUACCAAGGGAAAACCAAGAAAUUGAGUCCGAGAAAGCCACAAAAUGAUAUGGUUAAGGCAGUAGAAUAUUUUAAGAAAGCGGCCAAUAAUGAAAUUCAACCGCUUUGUACAAUAUUGGAAAUACUUGUAGAAGAAUGA